AUGGCAAGGAGUGCCUUGUACACGGCCCGGCACAACGCCGUGGUCGCCCGCAUCCGCACCGCAGCGUCCAGGACCAUCAGCAUCGCCUUUGAGAACCGUCCUGUCGGCGAUACCGGACUGCGGCCAGACCUUGUCCUCGUUCGUGGAGAAGAAGCCAUCGUGCUGAACGUGGCGUGUCCCUUUGAAAACACGCGCGAGGCGUUCACGAACACGAGAAACGACAAGGUCUCCCGCUACGAGCCAGUCGCCGCUUACCUCCGCCGACGCUACCAGCGGGUCUCGGUGGCAGCCGUCAUCGUCGGUGCGUUGGGCGCUUGGGACCCGGACAACGACCGCGUCCUGCGCCGACUCUGCUCCCGACCCUACCUGCGGCUGUUUAAAAAGAUCUGCGUCAGCGAGGUGCUGGCGGCGUCGCAGAACAUAUACCACGUCCAUCAACUGCUGCUCACCGAAGGAACGUCGUUUGAGGAGGCAGUGUUCACAGGAUUCUUUCACAGCACAGAUUCAGUGUAA